GCAGGGGGAGGGGCUGCUCCGGCCCGUCACUGCCAUUAAUAGCGACCUGAAACACGCCUGCUAAAAAUACCCAGCUGGAGGCCCAUAAAAGCGCUGCUGGGGCUGGCGCCCGACACUUCUCGCACUACUCCGAAUCUCAGCCAGACGCGCCCAGACCAGCCAGCAUGACCGAGCGCCGAGUGCCCUUCUCGCUCCUGCGGGGCCCCAGCUGGGACCCUUUCCGCGAUUGGUACCCGGCCCACAGCCGCCUCUUCGACCAGGCCUUCGGGAUGCCCCGGCUGCCCGAGGAGUGGUCGCAGUGGCUGAGCCACAGCGGAUGGCCGGGCUACGUGCGCCCUCUGUCCGCCGCCGCGAUCGAGGGUCCCGCCUACAGCCGCGCGCUCAGCCGGCAGCUCAGCAGCGGCUUCUCGGAGAUCCAGCAGACUGCCGACCGCUGGCGCGUGUCCUUGGACGUCAACCACUUCGCCCCCGAGGAGCUGACGGUCAAGACCAAGGACGGCGUGGUGGAGAUCACUGGCAAGCACGAAGAGCGACAGGACGAGCACGGCUACAUUUCCCGGUGCUUCACUCGAAAAUACACGCUGCCCCCCGGUGUGGACCCCACCCAGGUCUCCUCCUCCCUGUCCCCCGAGGGCACGCUCACAGUGGAGGCCCCGUUGCCCAAGCCAGCCACCCAGUCGGCAGAGAUCACCAUCCCUGUCACCUUCGAGGCGCGUGCCCAGCUUGGGGGCCCAGAAGCUGGGAAGUCUGAACAGCCUGGAAACAAGUAAAGGCCCUAGCCUAGUUGCCCACCCCACAGUAGCCAUCACUGACCGUCCCCACCCACCAAACCUCUGAACUCUUUUGAUAUCUUUACCUUCUGUUUUUCUCAAAUAAAGUUUGAAACAACUGCCUG